CACGCGUCUUGCAGUAUAGUUUUUCUCUUAACAGAAUGACUGUUUGCAAGUUUUAUGCAUCGGGUAACUGUCGAUACGGCAAUAACUGUAAUUUUGAACAUACUGGGCCUCAACAGAAUCGUUGGGGAAGUAACGCAACACCUACCGCAGCUACCAGUAAAUAUAAUGAAAGUUCUUUGAAGACAGACUUGACAGAAGCAAGGCCUCAGUGGAAACUCAGUGUAUAUGGACCCGCUAAAGAAGAACCUAAUUUGAUUGUAGGCACAGAUAGAAGUUGUGAAGAAGACAGAUAUUUGUAUUAUACAAGCAUGAGAACCACAAACAACACUACUCAAUAUGCAAGUAUCCAAUGAAGAUGAUCGUAAAGCUGACCUGUACAUAUGUAUAUAUAUAUAUAUAUAUAUAUCUAUGUUCAAUAGAUGUCGAGUCAUGAACAGCUUUUUAACCAGAUGGAAGCACAAACAAAUGCCAUCAUCAAUAAUCCUAGUGGAGCCAUUCAGCAUUACGAAAAAGAAAAAUCAAAUCAUGCUAGCCCCUUUGGCGGUGCAGCAAACCAUAAACCAUUUACACCAUUUGCAAACCAAGCAGGUGCCUUUGGAGCAACAAGUGCGUUUGGCACGGGUACUGGCACAAAUGCCUUUGGAUCAAGUAGUAGCACAAGUGCCUUUGGACAGCCAUCAGCAUUUGGA